GCGGCAGUCGUGCGCGCGUCUCCGCGGUGUGGAUAUGGUGACUGGUGUAAGGAAUGGUCUGCGACGUGUGCACGUAGUUCGACCUAAUGUAGUUCCUGAUCAUUUACGAAUUUAGUACACUGCAGUAGCACCUGUUUUGUGUUUGGUGUGAGUGUGCAUGUCCCUGGGAGCACUGACUACCAAGAUGCCUAUUGGGUCGUCGUUUACUUUCAAUGGAACUAUAAACUUCGUUACAUGGGAUGGAAAUACUACGUACUCAGAUGCUGGCAAGUGCGUGCCGCCGUGCGGUCCCGAGGCUGCGUGCCGGCGCUUCCCCAACAACACGUCCCGCUGCGUGUGCGUGCACGACUCGUCCGCGGCCACGGAGGGCCGCAAGUGCCCACGGGUGCCAAUCCCAGUGACGCCACAGCCUAUCCCUGUGAUCGUGCCGACCAACAAGACUAACGGAACCAUCUCACCACCGUUCGCGCAAGAGGUGCCGGACAAGAUGACGAGCGAGGUGAGCGAGGCGCCGUGGGACGGCGGGGUGCUGGCGGCGUCUCUGUCGCUGGGGCUGGUGGUGCUAGUGCUGGGAGCCGCCGUCGCCUGCCUGUGGAGGCGCCACCAGCUGGCCAGGUGCCUCGCGGCUCACGGCAAGCACCGCGCGGCCGCCACCUGCUCCACGGCGGGCGGCGUGGUGGUAUCCGGCGUGGGGUCGCUGAGCGCCAGCAAGGGCCUGCUCGAGGCCGAGCGCUACACGCCCAACCCGCAGUACACGGUGUGUCCGGCGCCCGCACUCCUACUGGACAGGGACAGCAUCAGCUUCCUGCACGAGAUCGGCGAGGGCUGCUUCGGCAAGGUCUACAAAGGAGAGCUGCGGCGAGGGGACGGCCGACAGCCGGAGGUGGUAGCGGUGAAGGUGCUCAAGGAGGCGGCCACGCGGGAGGCGGAGGACGACUUCAUGCGCGAGGUCGAAACCAUGAGCGCCUUCCGCCACCCCAACAUACUCGCCCUGCUCGGCGUCGUGCCCAGGGGAGACGGACCCGGUGCGAGCCCGUGGAUGGUGUUCGAGUUCAUGGCUCACGGAGACCUGGCAGAGGUGCUGCGUGCCAACAGCAGAGCGCUCUGGCGGCCGCUGCCAGGACUGCCGCCACUCAACAAGGAGUCCCUGCUGCUGGUGGCGCGGCAGGUGGCGGACGGGAUGAGCUACCUGGCGGCGCAGCGCUUCGUGCACCGAGACCUGGCGGCGCGCAACUGCCUCGUGGGCGCCGGGCUCUGCGUCAAGAUCGCAGACUUCGGCAUGAGCCGCGACGUCUACACCUGCGACUACUACAAGGUGGGCGGGUCGCGGAUGCUACCGGUGCGCUGGAUGGCACCUGAGAGUGUGCUGUACGGCCGCUUCACGCUCGAGUCCGACGUCUGGUCCUUCGGCGUUGUCCUUUGGGAGAUCUUCAGCCUCGGCAAGCAGCCCUACUACGGACAGUCCAACGAGGAGGUGGUGCGGCUGGUGCUGGCGGGUCAGCUGCUGGCGCCACCCGAGGACUGCCCGCCGCUGGCGAGCCAGAUGAUGCUGCACUGCUGGCGCAUGGAGCCGCGCGACCGUCCGCGCUUCCCGGACAUGGCAGCCAGGCUGGCCGAGGCGCAGCCCCGCCUCCCACUGCCGCCCGGCGGCUUCCCGCUGCCUGCUCCCGCCGCCUCCGCCUCCACCUCCGCCCCCGGCGCCGCCUCCUCCGCCUCUGGCGCGACUUCUCCCAGCAGCACGGACAUCUUGGACGGCGACAACUAUCUGCUGCCGUCGCCCUCCGCCAGGGAUUACUUGCAGCCGCUGCCAGACUGAGGCUCCGCCCCCAGUGCAGACUCCCCCACCGCCCUCACGGCGGGGAGAUUCUGUCUGCCGCACAGUGGAUCUCGCCCUCAGGUCUCCGCAAAAACUCGCGAACCGGCCCGCCUCGGUGGAGGCUGCCUCGGACGAUUUUCAGGACCACUGAAGGCAUCGGUCUUGCCCACGGUGUCGUACACCCACCUAGCGUCGUGUCCAGCCUCGCCCACCUCGUGCGCGGAUGUCCGACCCGUAAUGGACUCCAUUGUCUAUAGUACAAACGAUCAGGUGGUUUACAUAGCUGCCGGACCAGCUGAUGGAGAACCUGUUGGCCACCGGCCGUGCCAAAUGCCAGCAAUGCAAUGAGUUUUUUCGUAUCAUUUCACACAACUCAGUUCACGACAAACACGUGCCGUAUUUAAAUUCACAUCUUUGGCGGCUGAUUCAGUAGCUACUCUCAGCGAAAAUAUAUGAUGACAAGAGGACAUGAAUCUUCAUCCCAUUGUUUUGUUAAUGGGCGUCGCGUCCAAAAUAAUUUGAACUGUCUUUGUGAAAUACUUCAAGUUCGUUUCACGAAUCUUUAUUGUUAAGUUGUGAAUACGUGGUUCGUGUUUGCAUGGAAAUUGCCUAAUUUUUGAGUGAGAGGUGUUAAAGAUGCAUCUCUUUUGAAUGAUUGUUAAAACUGGUUGAAAACGCAGAACUCAUGUCGUGUGCUUUACAGUAGUUAGCGACGUACUGUUCCUUAACCGCCUUUGAAUUAAUUACUGUUCACUGUCAUCAAUUGCGCAGCAAGCUGUAACUCACUACUUAAUACUACUCGUACCUACCACUUCUGUCACGCAAAUUUCCACCUUUCCCCUACCAUCUGCAGAUGGUGGACCCAAACUGACCGUCGUAGAUAUUCGUCAGACGCCCUUAUCCCUUGUUUCCGAAGCCGGAAAUUCCUCAGAAAUUUAUCUAACAACCGACGUUCGGCCACUUCUGAAACAGAGUUUCUUGUAAAUACUGAUUCUUCUUCGUGAAACUAGGAUCUGCAAGGAAGUCGUGGAAACAAAUUACCAUAUAGCCAUAUCGAUCUCUCUUAGCCAUCACACGUGUGUCAUUUGUUACAUUUUAUGUGUCAGUGUUCGUCGAGACCUGUCCUAUACUAGGGUACUGUGCGUUACAAGUACAACAGUGUAAAGUGAAAUACGUGCGGAUACGCCUCCGUUGGAACAAUACCAAAGAAGUUCUUCAUCUCCAUCUUCAGAGGGACUACAGUGCAUCAUAAAGACUCCUAGUCAAUAAUAGGUGAGUGCUUCACGAAAUACCUCAUAUCCCUUGCGAAGAGUAUCGUCUUCCGUUUAUGGGAAACUGUGGCACUCACCUGACAGUUUUUCUCUUAAUGUGUGUACCUUUCUACAGAGAAAUCUUUGCUCAAAUACACCUUUAUACUCAUUUUCGUAUACAAAUACGUUGUUGCGUGUUUUACGCUGUGCAGUGUUGAGUUUAUAUAAAUAAAGCAAUCGUUAAAAAUAUUUUAAAAAAUAGUAGUCCUGUCCUGUGUACCAAAAAUAGAAACUACAUUAAACUAUUGUGCCAAUAAUUAAAACACCUAGACCUAUUAUAGAAGUAAGAAAUUCUCAAAUACAAUUAUAUGUGUUGUUUGUCACUCAGUAAUUUUAAUGUUAAGUUUUCUGGAUGUAUUUAUGUGGAAUAAAGUGUUACCUGUUUCCUACACUAA